AUGGAGACGAAUGGACGUAAGAUUACUGCAAAAGUGGAACUAUCUUCGAUUCAUACUCCUGCAAGUUCACAGCCCGAGUCUCGUGCCGCUUCACCUGUCGUCACUCGGCCUUUACCCGAUACCAAUGACUCGACAUCACCUGCCCCUGCUGCUGCCACUGCCACUGCACCUAUUCGGCCCAAGGCCAAGCUCACCUCCACUUCAACCACGGCGUCUCUGAAGCCUCCUGCCAAACCAACAGGCCAGAAUGCCACUGUAAGAAGAACUCCUUCCUCGAGUACUGUUGGUCGUAGUACUCGCGAACGUCCAACUUCGAUUAUUGGUACUCCCUCCAAACCCUCGCUUGGACGACCUACUACACCUGCUGGAUCUGUAGCAAAGAGAGCAAUGUCUCCGCAACUACGCACUGUUCCUAGGAUUGGAUCUCCCGAGCCAACCGGUCGUGGUGGAACAACCCCAGGAACACGAACAACGCGGCCCGCUGUCAAAGCUACCAGUCCACAGCUUGCAAAGAGCGCACCAUCCAAACCUGCUCCUUCUAGGCGCUCUCAGCCUCCACCCGCACCUUCUGCCAAGCGGAAUGCAUCACCAGUCCGGGCCUCACCACUCACUCUUCCUCGGCGUGCAGCAUCCCCCACCCGAUCAUCCCUAUUCGAGGCCCACAGUUCUACCUCCCAUCGUCGUGUAGUAUCGGCAUCGGCUUCUUCGUCAGUUGUUUCUGGUGGUGGAGAGCCAUCCGCUUCGCCGGGUGACCAUACCAGAGCCAAGCACAAGCUCCUUUCAUCACUUUCCUCGAUCACCUUGACUCAUCCUUCCGUGCUUCCAUCUGCAUCUGCAUCUCCUCCAAGUUCAACAUACCCUACAUUAGCAUCAGCAUCAGCAUCAUCGCCAUCGUUACCUAUACUGAAUGAUAAUCAACUGGAUCCUCAAGACUCUUCUCCUGAAUGGACUGAUAUGUCUGCUCCACCUUCUGCCAUCCCUCGCGAGUCACUUUCCGCCCAAGACCCCAAGCAUGCUACAAUGAGCGCACCCGUCACUCCUACCCACGUCCAGACUCGAGUUGGGCCUACGACUCGGCCUGUGUCUGUUCGGCCUCGAACAUCCAGUGCAACGGUCGUUGCUGAAGUCCACGAGAGCACAGAGGAGCCUCACAUGAACGACACACUACCAGUACUCAGUGACAAUGUGAUCUCCACGUCCAUGGAUAGCCCUAUGGGAAUUCGUAUUAAAGCCAAGCUUACUGCUACGACGCCUCCAGUCAACCCAGCGGCGAAAGCAACGCCCCGCGUUCGGCCAGAGCAACUAGCAGUCCCUCGGCAACGGUCAGGCUCUAUAUCCGCAGGAUCUGCACUCUCCGGACUAGCAACAUCGACACUGAGCAGAGCAUCGUCUGUCAGAGUAACGUCGGCGUCCAGGAUUCUCUCUCCACCUCUGAUUCGGCCCGGGGCGGGUUUGGGCCUGAUCGUUCCUGGAGCCAAUCUCUUGAUUCCUCCCGGAAUGAGAUCACCUCCCAUUUCGAGUCUCUCUUCGACAAGCUCGGCUUCACGAACCACUUCCUCGAGCGGGUCGGAUAGUUCGGCGCCCGCAACCAGCAUCGACCGAGCUCGAACCCCUAUGGACUCGGGCUUCCGGGCCAAGCUAACUGCGGUCCCAUCGAAGCUGGGUCACGCGGGAGGACUCGAACCGCCCGAUGAGGAAGGUAUCGAUAUGGACGAUAGUGGUAUUGACAUGUUCGAGGCGGACGACGCCGAACAGGAUCAACGUGAGGAGGCACGGUCCAAUCGCAAGAUUGCCGAUUUAGAAAUAUCGAACAAGUCAUUGUUGGCAAUCAACGCCACGCUAGAGUCUACCAAAUCUCGACAGGCCAAGGAGAUUCGGGAGCUUCGUCGUAAACUCCGAGAGAGUCGGUUGGUGCUCCCGCCGUCGACGUAUCUUGCAUUGGAGCAGAAUGAUCCACUGGAGGCCAGGGAUAGCUUUGACGAGGAUGACGAGGAAGAUUCGGACGACAACGACGUGACUCAGACUCAGGCGGACGAGACAUUCGACCGAGUGCGUGGUCUACUGGACAAAUUGAUGAAGGACGCCAAGGAAGCGCUGGAGGCCAAACCGCCCAUACCCGAGGAGAAAGAACCCAUCAAGAAACCCAUACGCGUACUCGACGUUGACGAGCUCCAGCAGUACACCGACGGCGAAGGCGAGAUUGACGAAUCGACCGAGAGCAAGGCGACGGAGAGUGUAACCGACUUGGCCGAGAGCAUCGACGAGGACUCGCCUAGCGCUCUGGCCGAAAAGGCAGCACUGACCACUCCUAAGCCGGCGUCAUCGUUUGCGGUCGGGAUAUUCAGUGGUUGGGGGAAUAGGUGA